CGCCCCUCUCGCUGGCGGACUCGGCGUGUCCUCCGCCCGCCCUCGCGCCCGCUGCCCCCGCCAUCUAGUUGGUGCGGUCCAUGGCGAGCACAUCAUGGCGAUUGAAGGUGGAGAGAGAACCUGUGGAGUACAUGAACUUAUCUGUAUUAGAAAAGAUGGGGUCUUUCUCUGUGGCCAGGCUGGAGUGCAGUGGCGCCGUCUUGGCUCACUGCAACCUCCGUCUCCUGGAUUCAAUCGAUUCUACUGCUUCAGCCUCCCAAGUAGCUGGGACUACAGUAUCUCCAGAGGCAGUUGGAUUUUUGUCAGCUGUUGGGGUGUUUAUUAUCUUGAUGCUGCUCCUUUUUCUCUAUAUUAAUAAGAAGUUCUGUUUUGAAAAUGUUGGCGGGUUUCCAGAUCUUGGUUCAGAAUACAGUACAAGGAAGAAUUCACAAGAUAAAAUUUAUAAUUCCUACAUGGACAAAGAUGAGCAUGGUUCGUCCUCUGAAAGUGAAGAUGAAGCACUGGGUAAAUAUCAUGAGGCCUUAUCCAGAACACAUAAUUCCAGACUACCACUGGCAGAUUCUAGACAAAAGAACUAUGCUUGGGAAACAAGGCAGAAAUACAGUCCUCUAUCCGCAGAGUAUGAUGGAUACAGUAGUGAAGCAUCAAUAGAUGAAGGAAACUGCAUUCAGAGAAUGAGAAGAACACCCCCGCUGGAUGAAUUGCAGCCACCACCAUAUCAGGAUGACAGUGGUUCUCCCCAUCUGUCAUGUACACCCUCAGAAAUUGGGGACAGUAAAUGUGAAUUUUCCCACUGCAGCAACAGUCCAAGAUGCUCAUAUAACAAGUGCCCAAGUGAAGGAAGCACAGGUCAUGAAAUAGAAAGUUUUCAUAAUAAAGGAUAUGAAGAAGAUGUUCCAAGUGACAGCACUGCAGUCCUGAGCCCUGAAGAUAUGUCAGCUCAAGGAUCAUCAUCACAGCUUCCUAAACCUUUUGAUCCUGAGCCAGAAGCUAAAUAUGGCACACUGGAUGUGACUUUUGACUAUGACUCACAAGAACAGAAGCUUCUGGUAACAGUGACAGCUGUCACAGACAUCCCAACAUAUAACAGGACAGGUGGCAACUCAUGGCAAGUACACCUUGUUCUUCUACCUAUAAAGAAACAGAGAGCAAAAACCAGCAUCCAGAGAGGACCAUGCCCUGUCUUCACAGAAACAUUUAAAUUUAAUCAUGUUGAAUCUGAGAUGAUUGGAAAUUAUGCAGUUCGGUUUAGACUGUAUGGUGUACAUCGCAUGAAAAAAGAAAAGAUUGUGGGGGAAAAGAUUUUUUAUUUAACAAAAUUGAAUCUUCAAGGGAAAAUGUCAUUGCCUGUGAUAUUGGAACCUUCUUACAAUCAUUCUGGCUGUGACUCCCAAAUGAGUGUAUCAGAAAUGUCGUGUAGUGAAAGUACAUCCUCAUGUCAGUCUCUUGAACACGGCUCAGUUCCAGAAAUUCUUAUUGGCCUGCUUUAUAAUGCCACAACUGGAAGACUAUCAGCAGAAGUGAUAAAAGGCAGCCACUUCAAAAAUUUGGCAGCAAAUAGACCACCCAAUACAUAUGUUAAGUUAACUCUACUGAAUUCCAUGGGUCAAGAGAUGUCCAAAUGCAAGACAUCCAUUCGCAGAGGGCAGCCAAAUCCAGUAUACAAGGAAACUUUUGUUUUUCAAGUGGCCCUAUUUCAGCUUUCUGAUGUGACACUCAUACUGUCUGUGUAUAACAAACGCAGCAUGAAAAGAAAAGAGAUGAUAGGCUGGAUUUCUUUAGGUCUAAACAGCUCUGGAGAAGAAGAACUGAAUCACUGGACUGAAAUGAAAGAGUCAAAAGGACAGCAAGUAUGUAGAUGGCAUGCGUUGCUAGAGUCAUGAUGGAUAGAAUAAGCAAACAGUUAUCAUCCAAGGCAGCAUAUUUCCAAUUCCAACAUUAUUGUUUCUACCAAGUCACCAUUAGAAGAACUGUUCUUUGAAGAAUCAUAUUCAACCUUCUAUCAAAAUGCUUUAAGUUUUAUGGAAAGAACAUCUCAUACUGACAUAAAUGAAGAAAAUAUGUGUAUCUAGUAGAGCUUGUUUGGGAAACUGAGAAACAUACAUUAUCAUUGCUAAACUAACAGCCCUCCAGAAAUUUAAUAAGAUGUUUUUGAUUUGAAGUUAAUUUUAAUUUAGCAAAAGAGCCAGUCAUUUUAUGAAAAAUCAAAAUUAUAAGUGAUUUUAAAAACCAGAAUUUUAGUUGCAAUGCAAUUUUAACAUCACCCUACAUAUUAUUUAUAAAACAUAGUUUGACUGGCCAGUCCCUGGUGUUUGUAAUGUUCUUUAAUAUGAAAAAGUAGUUCUCCAACUCUAUCAUAAGUCAUAUCUAAUGGUGAAGGGUUUCAGUCACACUGAAAAUUGUUUUAUUUCAGACAUGUUCCCUUUGUGCACUUAGUUUCAUUGUGCCUCACUUCCUCUCAAUAGCACUAAAUCUAAGUGCAAACAAGUAUUCAUUUUCAUACAGGAAUUUUUUUAAUAUGUUAUUUUUUUAAAAGCUCAUUUUUCAUUUGCCUCCGCUUUUGCCUGAUCCAAAGAGACCAAGUCACUGUACUGGUCCCUUGCAAGUCUUCUAGACAGGUUGUACUGUAGAACUACGUAACUUUCUGUUGAAAGCACUUCCUGUAUUCUUGUAUUCCAAUGUAGGAAGCUAAUAGAGCAGGACUUUACUUUAAAAUUUCUUUCAGUGAUUGACUCUUCAGAAUUGCAGUAGUGUGAAAAUACAUUUUUUACAAACUGAAAAUACAGUAGAUAAGCUGUUGAAAAUGGAAAACAAUUCAAUUUUAAUUUUCUGCUCUGAGUAUUUAGUAACCAACACUGCGUAAAGCAGGUAGCAUCCAAAAUAAGAAACUGUUCUCUCUCUAAAUCUUCACUCUUACUUCAAUUUAUAUUUGUGAUAUAAAGACUAUCCAGUUCUCAGUUUGAAUUGGAACAACAUGUUAAAAACAGUUAUGAGAUUCCUUAUGAAGUUUCUAGUAACUUGUGACUAGACUUUAUGAAAUUUACAGAUAAAGUUCUUCAACGUGAUGUCAUCUUGUGCCUUUCAUGUAAGUUAAAUUUGCUCAUACAGCUUGAAAGUUGUAUUUGCAAAAUUAAGCCUUCAAUUUUUAUAAAUGUAAAGAUUCCUCAGAACAGUGUCGCAACAUCUUUAUUUCCUCUGAAGUAUGUAAAAGUUGUAUAAUGUGCUAAUUGUUUUAAUGUCAAGGCACUUUCAUUUGUUUUUAUAUUUAGGAACUCUAAUCAGGAAUAUUAGAAGCUGUUUUCUUUUUAAUUUUACUUCUUACCUAAUAUAUCAUUUUAUGCAUAUACUUUAUUGGAGUAUGUUUUAUAUAUAUUAAAAAUAGUUUCUUUUUUCUCCUUUUCAUUUCUAGUUAAAAUAGACAAAAACCUACUAUUUACCAGUUCCUAAAAAGCAGUAUAUCAUUGCUUCUAGUCCCAACUAAGUACUAUAUAUUAUUGUAAACUAGAACUUGUUGUUACCAUAAUAACAAAACAAUGCAUAGAUAUUACUUCAGCUUGGCUGUACUGAAAGGCCUUAAAAGAAAUCCAAAAAGACCGUGAACUUCUGUAAUUUUUAGUUUAAAAAAUGGCAGCUCUAUGCAUUCAUGCACAUGAAUUAUAAGAAAAAAUACAAAUGCUAUAUUGGAUGACAUGAGGUUUGAGAAUGUUUGUUACAGGGCUGCAUUAAAGGGAAAAAUCCAUCUUUUAUUGUUAUAUCAAUGAGCUUUUUCCAGGAUUUUUUAAAUAAAUGAGUAAGAGUUGGAACCUGAAUCAAAUGGCAAAAUAUCUCAUUUAAGUGUUUUCAGCAACAGUAUGAAAAAAGACUUGAAGAGGGGAUGUAGAUUUCACUGAGAAAUUGGACUUAGGCAUUUGAAGCUACAGUGAUCUUUUUUGACUUUGAAACAACUGACUACAUUGCUAACAACUGUUAUCUUCCUAAUAAAAAGAUUUAUCAGUCUUAUUUGUAACUGUAACAGAGCUUAGUGAAACACAUUAGUAAGACCAGCUUGGUGCUUUCACUCUUAGAAAAAGACCUAACUAAUUGUUAUUUGUUAAAUCUACCUGUUUUCAGACUAUUCCCAGAUGUGUGUGUGAUUUGAUACAUCCCUAGGGAUUUAUCUGGUAUAAGUAUCAAAUCCUUCAUGGCCUAAAAAUUAAUAAACAGUUUUUUAAUAUUUCUGGAAAGACCCUACCUCCACCCCAGCUGCCAAGUCCUCAAAGAUUAUAAAUUAUCUAUAUGACUGUGUGUAUCUGUAUACACACGUGCACUUACAUACAACAUAAAUAUGUGUAUGUAUAUUCAUUUGUAAAGGCAAAGGUGCCCUGGCUUUUUCAGAUAACUGAACAGAGAAACAUUUCAUAAGUUUAGGAUUAUUUUUCUCCUCUGUGUAUUUACUAGAUAUUGUAUUUGGUUUGGGUGCUUUCUGCUGCUGUUCUCCUUUACACACAGCAAAAUAUACAUUUGUUUCUGUAGAUUGACACAACUAUAGUAAUUACUCCCAAAAAGUUGUCUAUUCUUCUAGAAAAGGAUUAAAUAAGGCUCAGGGGACCCACUUCACUCUACUGAAUCUAAUGUACGAGACAGUACGACUGCUUUUUUGUGUGCUUAAAUUUGCAUGAAAGCUUAAUAGCAAAAUCUUCUAUCUCAGUAAUUAUAGCAAAUAGGGACCCACUGGAAGGGAGCAGGUGUUGGCUCAGAAACCUGAAAAAGACAACCCGCUUUCAUAUUCUUUUAAAAUCCCCUAAGUUUUCUAAUAAAAUGGUAUAGUCCAAAUAUGACAAUUGACCAGCAUUUAUGGGAGCCUCUAAACCUGGAGUUAUGGGGUUUGUCUCCCAAAUGAGCUGCAAAAGAUAGUUAUUGCUGCCCAGUAAACAAAAUGUAUGUCAAAUCAGUAAAGACUUUAUUUAAUAUAAUAUUGCCUUAUCUGUCAGAAGCUUUCUUCUGUAUUCUUGUGUCUUCAGAACAAUCCACAUUUUGUUUGAAAUCCAUUUGCAUAUUAUCUUAUUAGUGAAUUCUCAAUAAUGUUUUAUUUGCUGACAAGAGUAAUAAAUUGGACCACAAUUAAAAGAAAGAAAACCCAAUGAGAAAAUAUCUAAACUACCUGAUUAAUAUACACAUGUUUAAAUGUAGGGCCUGGUAAGGCAGUUUCAUCCAACCUAGUGAAGAUGCCCAGGGCUGUUUGUUAAAUGAUUUGCUUGAUACCAUCAUCAUUUUCAUUUCACUUAUCAAGUGAAUCAGAAGCAUAAUCAAUAAUUGCAAAUUAAGAUAGUACCAAUAGGGGAAAGGGGUAAAAGAAUUGAGAGUGUUUGUCAAUAUGAAGAUGAGUGGGGAUACUGAAUGAUAUCAUAGUCUUCCCAAUGGAAGAAAAAGUAGGCUAUGGGAGAUGUAAAUUUUUGAUGGAGUAAGAACAGUAGUCACCAACAAAUGUUUUUCAAGAUCCCUAUCCAGAUAUGAAUAGAAAGGACACAAAUUCAUUUGCAUAAAAUUGCCAUUUGCCUACAUAGACUAGACAAUUCAUAGAGAUUUUUCACAGUGACAGUUAUUAUAUUACGUAUAUAGUUAUUUUAGUUAUCAGUAAUUUCACCUUGAUAGUUUUUAUUUCUAAUUUUUUUUCCAUUCACUGUCCCCAGUUCAUCUGUGGCCUACAUUCAAGGUAGUUGUCGCUAUUAUUAUUACUAACCAAACAAUAUUGAAUACAAGUUUAAGCAUGCUGCAAAGCAUUUUCUAACGUUAAUUUUAAAACAUCGUCUCUGCCCUCCAAAGUGAUGGUAACAGCUAUAAUUUUCUAAGAUCUAGCACAAUAAUUUAUUAUUUGCUUGAUUCUCCAAACAAUACUAUGAGGUAAGUAAUGUUAUCAACAUUUUAUUGAUAAAGACACUGCACCAUGAAGAGGUUAAGCAGACUUUCCCAAGGUCAUUCAGUAAGUAAGUAAAGAACUGGGAUUGGAACCCAGAUGUAAAUUACUCUAAGACCCAUGCUAUGCAUGUUGCAUCUGCCUCCCUGUUUAAAAAAAAAAAAAAAAAAACUACUUAGGACAUUGUAUUUAUCAAUAAUCCCACUCACCUUGAUUGAAUGGCAGAACUAAGGGGGAAAAAACAGCUGGGGAAAGAGAAAAGACAAAGAAGAAAAGAUCAGACUUUUUUUCUUCUCAGGACACAAACGGUGGUACUUUUGUGGCAUUUUGUAGAUGACUUUGAUUUGCAGAGAUUUGGAAUUGAUUUAUCCUGCCAGUUUAGCCUGUCUUCUGAAAGCUUAUUAAUCAGUUCUGCUCCUUGACCACUUUUGGGAAUCCAAGGUGUUUGAAUUGUUAUAUGACCCCCUUACUACUCUAUGAAGGGCAUAACCUGUGUCUAGCCCAUAUCUCACUCAUAUCAGUGGUGAGACAAAAGAUUUGUCUUCCUCUGCCCUCUCAUUGCAAUUUAUUUAUGUUUAUUUUAUUCUCAAUUUUAUUAAGAUUUGUCAGGAAUUAUAGCUAGUUUUUUAUUACAUAUGUCUCUCUUUCCCCCUAGGUAAGUAGUCAAUGCCUUGUUAGUAUCUUUCUGUACCCCUUUGCUCAUAGUAGGCAGACAAUAAAUAUUGAAAUAAAUUCCCUGUGGAAGAAACCAGUCACACUAUUACUUGAGUCUUAGUUUUUAUGAAUCUUGUGUUAUGCAUGGAUUUAUUUAUCCCUUCAGUUAAUAUAUAUUUAAGAGUACUAGAUAUGUGCCAUGUGUUGUUGUUCCAAGUGCUACAGAUGCAGAGAUAGUAAAUUGGUCAAAGUCUUUGCCCUCGUGGGGCCUACAUUCUAAGGUAGGAAGAUGGCCACAGAAUGGAUAAUUUCAGUCUAGUAUAAUGAAGCAUUAAGAUAGAGGCAUGCGUAGAGUACCAUGGGAUUUAGUAGAAGAGUGCAACAUGGAAUUCAAAAAAAUCUUCCUGGAGAAGAUAAUCCCUGAGUUGGGUCUUAAAGAACAAAUACAUGUUAGACUCCCAUCAAACUUGAGGAUACAUGUUCUUUCCAAGAACAAAAUGUAAAAUAAUGAUUUCUAAACUAUAGUAUCCUUAAGAAUUAUUUUGAAAAUUUAACUUGGGCAAGGCGUGGUGGCUUACGCCUGUAAUCCCAACACUUUGGGAGGCUGAGAUAAGUGGAUUACUUGAGCUCAGGAGUUUAAGACCAGCCUGGGCAACAUAGCGAAACCCCAUCUCUACCAAAAAUUUAAAAAUUAGCUGAGUGUGGUGGUGCAUGCCUGUGGUCCCAGCUACUCAGGAGGCUUAGGUGGGAAAAUCGCUGGAGCCUGGCAAGUCAAGGCUGGAGUGAGCCAAGAUAGUGCCACUGCACUUCAGCCUGGGUGACAGAGCAAGACCUUGUAGAAAGGAAGGAAGAAAGGAGGGAGAGAGGGAGGAAGGGAGGAGGAGAAGGGAAGGAAGGAGGAGAAGGGAAAGUAUGAAGGAGAAGGGAAAGCAGGGAGGAAAAUUUAACUUGUAUUCCAAACCUCCACCUCCAGAGAUUCUACUUCAUUUGGCCUGGAAGGGAGCCCAAUAAUCUACAUUUUAUUAAGCUCUCCAGGAAAUUCUGUCUGAGAUCUAUUGAUAUAGAAUAUUAAGUGUAUUACAUAGCAUUAUUCAUGAAAUGUUUCAGUGCCUGUAGAUCAGACUUUUAAGUGUGAUAGUGAUAGUAAGAAGCAGAUUAAGACUUGGAUUGAUGUUAUUCAUCUUUUUCUUGUGCUUCCUUACAAAGGAAAAUAUUUAAUGAAAAAAAUUAAUAUUUAAUAAUGAGUUUCUGUACAUUCACAUUCAACAUACAUUUUUCAAAGUGUUUCUUGGUAUAAUAAAUAUGUUGAUUUUAUGGCUUCCAAAAAUUCCUUUCCAUUAUUGUUCAAAUAUUUCCUUCUAAGUUAUCUUUACAAUGAUGGAUAUAAAGCAAAGAAUGGGGAGGUAUUUAGUAAUUUCUCUAUCAGUAUUGUAAAUGAAAUAAGACUGACCUUUGAGUAAAUGUAUAGUAGCAGCCAUAGGUGCUGGCAUUUUUGCAUUCUUGUAUACAGUAAGAUUUCUUGCUUCCCUUUAUCAUCAUCUAAAUGACUUCAUUGUCAUCACACUCAUCAGAUGAACUGCAGUACUGGAUUCUUCUCUAAAAGCUGUGUUUCUGUGACGGCUGCUCUAAACUCUAGUUCCUUGAUUGUUUUGUUCUUAGGAUCCUUUGUUUCGAAUAGCAAGUUAAUACAGCAGCCUCAGGACCUUCUCUUUCUCUCAAAAUGAAUGCUGUGGAUAAGGUACAUCUGUGUUUCCAUUUCCCCUCAUUUCAAAUGUAGCCAUAUUUUCUUCUCUGAUGUAAUAUUUUGUGUGAAUACAUUUUACAUUUUGAAGUUUUAUUUUCCCCCGCAAAGAUCUGUGGUUAUCCCACUGAAAAAUGAGCUUAUUUGAAUAUGGGAAAUAAUGUUGUCAUUGAAUUAGGCUGUUUUUGUGACUGCAGAUGUAUCACUGUGUUUGAUUUGGUGGUAGCUUGAGGUCUAGUUAAUAUAAUCUUGAGGUAAUCAGCUUGAUAGACUGGAAUUACUAGUUUAUUAUCAAAAAAUGAAUGUAAAAAUAUUGCUCUUUUCUCUCCCUGUUUAGACUAGUAUGUGCCUUUUUUAAAAUAUUCCCUUUCUUCUUCCCUGCCUUUUUUCCCACUCUUAUUCAUGUACACUCAAACUAGAUACCAGAGUUAGUUCAUCAAAGCUGAAUAAUACCUAUCAAAAAGUGGUACCCUGACUUUUUUCUCUUAAUCACCUGUACUGGACUGUAGGGAGGACCAGAUAGGCUUUCUUGGGGACUACAGAAAGAGCAAAGCGUAAUACUCUUUAAUCAUAGCGUGUUUGUUGUUGCUGUUUCAGUGGUGGUUGUGAGGUUGUUGUAUACUUACCUUGAAUAGUGUGAAGUACCCUAAAAUUAUGUUGUGUGGGCUGGGAGCAGGAAGGAAACUGAUUCUUCGUCUAACAAAAGUUUGGCAUAACUUUAUUGUAAAAUUUCAACUGCUUAUGACAUGAAAAUUUCUAAUUAAUUAUAAGAACAAAGUCACUGCGGUGGCGAUAGUUGUGCAAGAUGUUUGACAUUAUUUCUAUGUCAGUUUGAUAGUCUGUGUUAUAAACUGUCUUAUUAGGACCCUUCUUCCCCCUCUUCUUUAUUAUUCUGAUUAUCAGUAAAUCCAGUUUGUACUGUUAGACUUUUGAGUUUGUCUUUUAAAUAUCCAAGACUAUUACUAUUUUAAAAAGAAAAACCAUAGCAUCUUUAUGUUUAAAAAUAUAUAUGAUGAUGUGUUUAAAAUGAAUUAAUAGAUAAAAUAUAACACUCCAUUAUAUACUGAAAAAAUAAUUUUUCAAACUUUGUUUAUAUAUUCCGUUAUUGCUAGCAGUUCAUAUUAAAUAUGACUAUUUUGUUUAAUAAGAAAAUAGGAAUUUUUCCUUAUCUCUGAGACUUACUGCUUCUCUUUGCCAUUCAUAUCUGGUUGAAGGUGGGUGGUUGUGAACUUCUUAACGUCACUUCAUUUGUCAGUUUCUGGAUGUGCCAACCUCCUCCUGACGGUUUAAUUUUCGGUAAUAAUCAAACCAUUUAUUCCCUCGGGUUGGUCAUCAUAGUGAUUCCUGUUCUUAACCCCCAUUAGUGUGAAUGGAAGUAAUCCAUAAGCACCAAUAGGCGAAAAGGCCCAUAAAGGAUCAGUAUCCCAGAACCCUGAAAUAGGAUGGCCGCUUCAGUACCCAAAUGUCAUUGCAAUUCUAAUGGAGUAGAAGCCAGCUUCUUGAAGUGAGGAUUUGAGAUCAUUAUAUCAUAUUCUCUCCUUUUGGUCUCCUCCCUUCUCCCUCUAGCUUGCACAUUCUUUUUAUUUUAAAUUUUACAGGAAGACUUCUUUUAAAAACCUGGUUUUUAAAAUUUCACAUGUUGCUUUAACCAGGCGAUUUCCCAAACCAGAAAACUGAAGUACAUACCAUGGAGUCAUAAGAAGUUUGGGGGCUUUUGUUUUUUGUUUUUGUUUUUGUUUUUUUUUUGGUUUUUUGUGGCUUUUUUUUUUUGUAGUGUGGGGAGUGGGGAGAAGGAAAAGGGAGGAAUCGUGCUUGUUUUGGUUUUGGGAAGUCUUUUUGGAUAAAUAUUGAGAAUAUUUAUAGUAUUCUGUAAUUAUGUGACAUUUGUUGUGUGAGGGGAGACCAGAGUAGCUGUUGCACAUAAAUUGACUCUCUUAAUAUUUAAACAUAUUUAAACAGUUGUUUGAAGCAGAGCUAGAAAUUAAUGGUGAUACUUCUAACAGCAUUUUGAUGUUAUAAAUAUUACUUUAAGUUUAUCAAGAGAAAAAUUCCAGUAGUAGCUUGCAUUAUAAAAUUAACUGAUUUAUUAUGUUUCUGUAUAAUUUUAUUGAGAUUGCUUUUGUUUUUGUGGUGAAUAUAAUAUAGUGGCAACAAUUUUGAGGAAUCUUUAAAGCUGUUUGGAAGAGAUGGCCAAACUUUGGCUAGAUUUUUACUAGAAUUUUGAAAUAAGAAAGUGUAUAAAUAUGUUUUCAGUUAAAUUAGGCUUGAGGAAGAACAGUUAUUAUAUGAGUUUUAAGGGUCUUGAUAAAUGUUGGGACCUAUUCUAAAACUCAUGAGGUUCCUCACUGAUCAAUACUCUUGCAUUGUAUUUCAUUUCUCAAAAUAAUGAAAUUAUUAUGGAAAAGCUCAAUUAGUGAAAUCUUUUAUUCAAUAUUCCCUUACUCUUCUUUCUUCCUUCCUUCUUUCUUUCCUUGCCUGUCUCCCUCCUUCCUUCCUAGUUCUUUCAUUUUUUGAGGCAAGAAGCUUCCUUAAUAAUAUAGUUUCUACAGAGCUUUCUUACUUAUUUUUCUAAUAAUGGAUAUAACAGUGUGAUAAAGUUUAAAUGCUCCGUGAGCAAAACUCUUAUCAAACAACUGAAGAAAUGCACUGCUAUUAACCUUUUCCUUGGUCUUGAAUUGUCUCCAGCAUAUUUGCUAGUGACUCUAAACCAUUAAUGGAUCUUAUUAAUAUAAACAAGUGUCUGUGUGGUUAUCGACAGUGUUGUAUUAUUGUCACAUUUAUUUACAUUUUUGGUGAAAAAUAUAAACAGAUGCGUGUGUGAAGCAGUCUGUUUUAUAGAGUGAGCAUAUAUGUAAUCAUUUUCAUGUAAUUGGAAAUGUGCUGUGUGUUGCAUUUUAUUCUCAUGUCAACUUUUCUACUAUGUAUACACCGAUUGUCUCGGUGCCUUUUUCCUUUUGUAUAAUUGUAUUACAUACAGAAAUUGCUGACCUCUGUGAAAACAGUGUAAAAAAAUGUUAAAAUUAUUAUUCCAAUGAGAUUUUAAUGGCAGUUUAAUUUUCCAGAGAAUAAAUUUUGUGUGGGUUAAAAGUUAUUUUUCUUCACCUUUAUGUAAGAAAUCUGUUCACAUUUUAGUACUCACAUGGAAUGGGUAAACAUCUGACUUCAUUGAUGAUGAUACAUAAACAUCAGUCCUAAUUCUUGUCAUUGACAAAUGUUAAUAUGACUGUUACACAAAAUAAAAUAAUGUCAAUUACAUAAGGAAAUAUCGAAUGGAUAUAUGUACAUGUUGUUUAGAUCUUGGGUUUGAAAGGAAUCUCAUCUAAAUGCACUAUAAAAUACUGUUCUCAAAAGGUUUGGGUCAUAUUAUUUUCUUUAAUUGUAAGUCAAAUCUGGCUUCCAAAGAAAAUAGACUUACAAAUUCAAACAUUUAAAAAUAUUCUCCUUUAAAGUUCAUAUAAAUCACAAAUAAACUAAAUAGCUUUAAAAUGGUCUCACUAUCUUCAGCUGGAAUAUAAACUGUUAUCUAGUUUGUUCUUUCACUUAAUGUGAAUUUGUUCUCAUUCUUAUCAGUAUUGCUAUCCUGUUUAACAAAAUAGUUUUCUCUUUGCCAAUAGUAGUUUGUUGAUUUUUCAUUCUUUUUCAUUAGAUAGUUGUAUUGUUUCCCAAAGACCUUGAGUUUAGAUAUUUUUCAUAUUUCAUUACCUUGUCCAUUUUACUUCCAGCAACAAAGAUUUAUAACAACAGACUUAACAAGUACUAUUUUGCAUAUGAAAAAGAAUUUAAACGUUUGGUGCUCUAAAACUGAAAGAAAUUAAAGUUGCUGCAUCAUCUAAUCUCUGAUUGUCUCUGAAUCCUCAGUUCCAUAAAUUAUCCAGAGCCUUUUUUAACGUUUUUAAAGAGGGG